CUAUAGGUACGGAGAAGGUGGGAAGCGAAACGAGGCUGUGAGGCCGGUGCGGAGAGUCUUGAUAAGAGAUUUGUACUCAUCGAACCAACUCCUCCUCCUAAAUUGCACACACACACAUAGAGCUCAGUGAUCGCUUUGCCGAAGAGCUGGAUACCUGUAAGAAAAGAACGUCUGUUUUGUAAUAACCAGUGCUGGACACGAACAAUUGUGCGUUUUUACGCAUUCCUUCCUUGCGUUUGUUAUUCUGUUAUAUUCGAUCGAUAUUCGUCGGUUUUGAAAUGUUUUGCGCCAGCAUCCACAAGCAGUAUUGAAAUUCGCUGUUGUGAACUCAAGAGUGGAGGCCAGGAUACUCACCACUACAAUUCUACCGUGUUUUUAGUUGUUUUUUUCUUUCUGUAUUGUCUCUUGGAAUAAUUUUUGCCUUGUCCAUUUUGGUCGUAAUGCAAGUUGAACGUUUGCAGUAGUCCUUGAUCACUUUAAUUCGAUGACAGACUGAAAUUGGUGCAUUUUUGUGCAUCUUGAAAUCUGCAAGUUGAGCGCUGUUACUGGAUCCAGAGUUUACAUUGUGGUUUGCUGCCUACCAUCAUUCUUGGCUUGGAUUUUUUCUAAAACAAUAGAUUGGAGCCAUUCACUUUAAAUGCAUGGGCUAAAUGUGCGUCUCAUGGAAGUUUUGGCCUGCAGAUCUGAGGGAGACGCUUGCAAGUGUAGCCCUCCAGUCUCCACGAUGCUCUUCCACGGGCUCCCCGGAGGCGAGAUGCAGGGGGUCAUCGACGAGAUGGACCGGAGGGUGAAGGGCGAAUCUACCGCCAUCAGUUCGGCUAUAGACAUGGGGGAAACUGAGACGAGUAUGACGUCCAUCAACAGCGACCGUGUGGCCUUGUGCGCGGGAUGCGGGGGAAAGAUAUCUGACCGCUACUACUUGCUCGCGGUGGACAAACAGUGGCACAUGCGCUGUCUCAAGUGCUGCGAGUGCAAACUAAACCUCGAGUCCGAGCUUACCUGUUUCAGUAAAGACGGCAACAUCUAUUGCAAAGAAGAUUACUACAGCAGGAGGUUUUCCGUCCAGAGGUGCGCCCGGUGCCAUCUCGGGAUCUCGGCGUCGGAGAUGGUCAUGCGGGCGAGGGAUUUGGUCUACCACUUGAACUGUUUCACCUGUACUAGCUGCAACAAAAUGCUCACGACCGGAGAUCACUUCGGAAUGCGGGACAGUCUUGUGUACUGCCGGCUGCACUUUGAGACACUCAUACAAGGGGAAUAUCAAGCGCAUUUCAAUCACGCGGGGGAUGUAGCCUCGGGCAAAGGACUUGGCGAGAGCGGCACGGGAAACUCGCUGGGGAUGCAGUAUUACAACGGUGUCGGUACGGGGCAGAAAGGAAGGCCGAGGAAAAGGAAAAGUCCCGGGCCUGGAGCAGAUCUGGCUGCUUACAACGCAGCGUUAAGUUGUAACGAGAACGAUGGAGACCACCUGGACCGAGAUUCCCACUACUCCUCCAGCUCCAAGUCCAAGCGCAUGCGCACCUCCUUUAAACACCACCAACUGAGGACCAUGAAGUCUUACUUUGCCAUCAACCACAAUCCGGACGCCAAGGACCUGAAACAGUUGGCCCAGAAGACAGGUCUCACCAAACGGGUGCUGCAGGUUUGGUUCCAAAACGCCAGGGCCAAGUUUAGACGGAACUUACUACGUCAGGAGAGCACAGGGAUGGACAAGGUGUCGGACGGGUCCACUCUACCAGGGGGGUCGCCUUCGGGCCCCCACUCCGAGCUCUCCAACGCCUCAAUGAGUCCUUCCAGCACCCACACCACCCUCACGGACCUGACAAGCCCCUCUAUUCCGUCGGUUAACCCUCUACUAACCGCCGUGCCGGGGGGCAUGGACCCCCACGACUCCAUGAGUAUGAGUCCUUCCCAGACCACCCUUACCAGCCUCUUCUGAUGUUACCAACACCACCCCAUCUCAUCGCAGGCCACCCUUACCAGCCUAUUCUGAUGUCACCGACCCCAACACAUCACAGACCACCCUUACCAGCCUUUUCUGAUAUUACCUACCCCAUCCCAGACCACACUUACCAACCUCUUCUGAGGUCACCGAUCCCACACCACCCCACCCCUCCCUAAACCCAUCCAACACCACACCAGGUCACUCAAAGACUAAGAGACUGAAGAGAGAGACACUUAAAUACAUGAUAUUCCCCGUGGACCUCAGAUUACUGCCCUGUCUAUUUCUAGUCUUUGUAUGAGUAGCAACUGAAGCCUUACAGAGCGGUCGGCUUGAUUUCAUCAAGAGCUGAAGAUACUUUUUCUGUUUUCAUCUUUGUUUCCUUUCCACGUUGGCUGACUGAUACUAUCGAGAUGUAGAUUCUCACUCCACCACCCCGACCACUCUGUUUCUAAGUAGAGUUUUUUUUAAAAAUAUAUAUAAAAAAUAAAAAAAAGACAAUGGAAAAGGACUGUGAAACUGAAAUUGUAUUUGGAAAAAACAUUGGAGAGUGUAAAAUGCAGAUACAAAGUACUGUAGCAAGGUUAUCCGGAAGACUCUAGCGUGCCUUAUAUAUUUUAUCACACUGAGGAAUCCCUGAUCGGAUAGAUGUCUGAUCUAGGUGGCAUAUUUCUUGAAAGAUUUGGUUGGAGGAUGGGUGACCCACUGACAAACCGCGUUUGCUUACAACAUGGCAAUGAAAGCAAUUCUACUUUACAAUUCACUCUGCACACAGUGAGGACUGAUCGAUAUAAUAGAAAUAGCAUUGAUGAGAAUUAGAAUUACAUUGAUAAAGUUAAUAUAAAGAUAUCAUGGUCAUUAUCUUUUAGACUCAGUCAUUGCUUGCAGUACACACCAGUAAUAGUUGGUUACAACUUCGAUAUUUUGUAACAAUAAACUGUCGUAUGCGGAAAUGAGAUAUAAUGUAUAUUGAUAUCUGACUCGUUGCUUGAUGGAAUUGCAAUGAUACUAUUUACAGUCACCAUUUGAAUACACAACACAAGUAGCUACAACAUAUCUAACUGUUUUCCAGCAUCACACUGUUUGGUUUAUGAAUUGAUAGCUGUAACAUAUGGAUGAAGUUUUGAUAUUGAGAUAUUAUCGGUCUAUUUGAAUAUUGGCUCAUUCGUCACUACAUAAGAGUUUAUAUCAGUAUAGUGCACCAGAUACACUUCUACAGUAUAUUGUACCAAAUGCACUUCUACACAUCAAAGAGGGGAGUCAUGCAAACUCACAAGCGCACACACACACACACACACACACACACACACACACACACACACACACACACACACACACACACACACACACACACACACACACACACACACACACACACACACACACACACACACACACACACACACACCGUACUUACCUCAGUCUGAAGGUCUUUCUAUGUUCUUCUUGCUGAAACCCAGCACUCUGAUUUUGAUUCUCAAAUUCCCCACAAUGUAGGAUUAUAACAUAUAAGAAAUGUGCUUAGAACUGAGAUGCUUUAUGGGUACAUCUAACAAUGGCACCCCUAAUCUAAAAACAUCUUAAAGACCACUUCUAAAUACUUAUUUGGAAUUGUCCGCACAAAAUUGUUCCUUGUGGGGACCUGUCUGAAUAUUGGUUUUGGUACAGAGAAACUAAUCAGGGAUUUGUGUGGUUGGCAAAUAAACCAACUUUACCUGGGUCGUGUUCAUUCGGACACACAGUAGCAAAACGUUUUGUAAUGGAAAACGGAAAUGAGCAUUUCUUAUUAGACAAAUUCACGUAGUACCUCCUCGUUUUGGACUGUUGUUUUCCUGUUUGGUGCCUACUAGAAGCUGGUAGGACUAGAAGUGUUUCUGAUAUGGAGAAUCAAGCUGCCUUCCUUUUGACUGUGACUACCUUUACUUAUGGAUGAGGAUGGUGCUCUUACCUUAUCUUUAUCCUUGUAUGCAUGGAGAGCUGCUGUUGGGAUUCAACAUCCCUUUAACUACACAGUCUUUAGUUUGUUUGUUUGUCCUUCCAUUCUUGUACAGUUGCCCCCUUUUGAUGUACUUAAGCCUUCAGUUCUUUCAAAACAUAAAAUGGUGGACAAAACUUGA